AUGGCAGCGCUGCAGAAGAAUUGCGCGCGCGAGGUCGUCAACGUCGUUUUGCACGAGACCACGUACAUGGAGGUGGGCAUAUUCGACGCCGUCCCGAUCUGGCCGCCAUCGACCACGACGCGGGAGACCACAACAGGUGCGCACGCGAUGACGCAGGACGACCCGCCCGAGGCGAACGUCACGAACUAUUCCGAGUUCAUCGCAGGCUUCUCCACAGCAAAGGCCCCUACGACCGGCAAGAUGGGCGUCGGCCCACUGAUGGGCAAAUUGCACGCUAGGCUUUACAAGCUGAAGUACAAGUACGAUCGCGUGUACUUGGGCCAGACCGCCGCGCGCAAAUACUGCGCACAGUGCGACCGCGCGCCGAAGACGGCCAACCCCCGCCACGGCCCACUCCUGACGCACGAGGAGGGCAAGUGGAAGUACGCGAAGGGCUGCGACGUCGACUACAACCUCGCGUGCAUCAUGGACACCACGUGCGAGAUCCACUGCGCCGCGAUGGACCCGGCGCUGCAGGAGAGCAAAGAUGCCAGGUGUGACGACGCGACGGACUGCGACGGCGCGCCCGCGCAUUUCAAGGGUGGCGACGACGACAAGGACACCUAG